AUGGGCGUGUUUCUGGAAUCAUGGCUGAGUGAAUUCCUCGCUGUCGCCCUGGUAGUGGUGGCGGCGCUCUACACUUGGUACUCUCAUCGUUACAGCUACUGGACCAAGAAGGGCGUAUCGCAGGCACCAACCGUGAUCCCAUUUGGCAAUAUGGCGAGAGUGUUUCUUGGACUGACUCGUCUCGAAUUCAUCUUCUAUGAGCUCUACAAUCGUUUUCGAGACCAAAGGUACCUGGGAGUGUAUCUCUUCAGCAAACCAGGUCUGCUGCUGAUCGACCGGGAUCUCAUUCGGCUGGUGUUAGUCAAGGAGUUUGAUGCAUUCUCCCACAGAAAUGUUAACUUCGAUGAGAAAGAUCCACUGAAUUAUCAUUUAUUCAACCUGAACGGAGGCAGAUGGAAGAGACUGCGAGCUAAGAUGACGCCUGCCUUUACUACAGGAAAGCUGAAAAUGAUGUGCCAAACAAUGCAAGACUGUGGGCGCCAAUUGGUGGAAGUGUUGGAGGAGCCAGCGAAGGAGGGCCACAUCCUGGAGAUGCGAGAGAUAGCCGCCAGGUUCACAACCGACAUCAUCGCCUCUGUCGGUUUCGGGCUCGAGAGUCAUUCUCAACGAAACCCGGACGCAGAGUUCCGCCGCUGGGGACGAAAACUAUUCGAAUUUUCAAUGAAAAAGAGGAUUGCUCGGCUUAUGUACAGGUUCUUUCCAUUUGUGGCCAAGGCGAUAAGGUUACAAAGAGGCGAUAAUGAAGUCUUCAGAUACUUUCAGGAAGUGGUGCAUAAGACUGUGGAGUACCGCGAACAGCACAGCAUUGUCCGCAAUGACUUCCUGCACCUUAUGAUGCAGCUCAAGAACAAAGGAUUCAUUGACGAACAAAGCAAAACGGGAGCCCAAGAAAUUGAUAACUGGAAAUUUACGAUCGACGACGUGGCGGCACAGUCAAUCCUGUUUUACGCCGCAGGAUUCGAAACAUCGUCUACCACCAUGAGUUUCGCGCUCUAUGAACUGGCUCUCAAUCAAGAUGUACAGAAGCGGCUGCACGAGGAGGUGGACGCGACGCUGAAAGAUAACGCAGGGCAGUUGACGUACGAGGCCAUUUCCAGCAUGAAGUAUCUGGACAAGGUCGUCGCAGAGACUCUUAGAAAACACCCACCGGCAGCUGCCACUGACCGGAGAUGUGCACACGACUUCCAGCUUCCUGAUGGUGGACCUCUUAUUGAGAAAGGAACGCCUGUUUUCGUCCCGAUUUACGCCCUGCACCACGACCCCGAGUACUACCCAGAACCACAACGCUUCGACCCCGAGAGGUUCUCAGAAGAGCAGAAAGCUGUGAGACACCCAUAUGUGUACAUGCCAUUUGGUGAAGGUCCUCGUAACUGUAUAGUUUGA